AUGAGUCUAUUUGGUGAUUUUCUUCUGAAGAAAGUAACUGAUGGGUUUAAAGAUGAACAAGGACUAAAGAUUGAGAUGACAAAUAGGAAAGACUUUCCGAAGUGCUUAAAUUUUAACAGGGAAAGAAGAAUGCCCAUUGCACAAGUAAGCGGCGAGGAUGGCUUUUUAAUAUUUCCGUCUCAGCAAUCCUAUGAAAGUUUCGAAUACUCCAAGAAAAAAUUGUUUGAAAUGAAAAUGCGCUCGGAUGGGAUCGGUAUUCCAUUACUCCAAAUCAUCAAUUGUAAUCCAGCGUCCUCUAAAACAAGUUGCGAUAAGAAUAAGACAAAAGACGUGCUCUACUUUAAGAUCUUUAAAUUCAUCCUAAGGACGGCAGAUGAGCCUCCACCUUACGCUGUAACAAAAACCGUUUCUUCGAAUAACGGGUUGAUCUUGUACAAAGUGCCCCUCUAUGAAAUCUAUAGAGAUGUCACGACAAAAACUUCAAAUUAUAGAUUUGUUGGAAUUAUACCUACUGAACCAAAUUCACUAGCUAUGGCUAAUCGAGACUCGUGCAGAGAUUUGGACACCAGAGUUAAUAAUUUGAAUCUAAGGUGGAAGGUUUCAUAUUCAUCCGUCGCCACCAAUGAUCAUUACAAGUUGACUUUAUUGACAGAUUACGAACUCAAUCUUUUAGACAAAGAUGUGGUCCGAAUUGCCAAAAAUAGAAUGCUCAUUGAUCGAAGCCGUCAAAACGGUUACAGAUUUGUGGCUGCUCAUUACACUAGGAAAUUUAGAGCUUCCGUAUUCAAACAUGUUUCUCAAAAGGCUCACUUAAUUAUUGGUGAGCGCUGUACUGACCAAAAAUCAUUCGGCUUAAAAAAGAUUCCCGAAUUAACAGAAAAACUUGCAUGUCAAAGUUUACUCAUCCAUUACAUAGAAUAUAUGAACCGAAAAUCUCAAGAUACACAUAGAAGAGCAAGAAGACGGCACAACUUGAUGGGAAUGAAUUCUGCGAAUCUUGGGAGUGCUGCGGAUCCCGCAAGCCCAUUAUCAAUAAUGAAUAACUUUUAG